UUCGUAUGUAAGACAAAUUAUAAGAAGCGCAUGUUCAUUUUAAACGACACAAGUUACACGUUUUUACACAGAGUUAAUAUAUUCAUAAAAACAAAUGUUUUAAAAUGAUGUGUUUCAUUUAUGUGUUUUUUUGGAUAUGGACUGUAUUCGUUUAUAUGACGAAUUUUCAAUGUCAAACUAAAGCACAAACAUGUGGCGUUUUGAGAGUAACACCAAGGAUUGCAUUUGAGAGAGAAACGGUCACAUUCUCGUAUCAGCUUUUGGUGAAUGGAAGUGGAAACAGAUUAUUUAAAUAUCAUAAUGUGGAAGUCUAUCCGAACACAAAGAGUCCCGAUGUCAGAAUCGAGAUGAAGAGAGAUCACACAAACAUAAGCUAUACGUUAAAAGAUGUUAGAAAACAAGAUGCCGGAAAUUACACAGCCGAUUGUGGCCAAUCUUUUGGUCCAACGUCAUCAGUGGAGCUUGACGUUAAAGCUUACCCUACUAUGUCUCUAAGGUUUAAAGAAAUUCGAAACAUCUCAGAGAUAAAUUGUCACAACUGUCUUUUGGGUUGGGAGGGACGUCACAUGAAUAUCGAGUGUAUCCUGAAAGGCAUAUCUUCUUCAGACGAGUUGGAUGUCAAUAUAUUUUUGGAAAAAGAUGGAGUACGUAUAGAUCAGUCCAGCAUUACAACAUCAUCACCUGGACCAUUCAUUCAGGCUUCAUUUGGCCUUGAACCUACGAUUGACCUUGAUAUGCAAAUGGUGAGGUGCUUAUUGUUAUCCAGUCGACUCUCACAGAAUAUCACCACUGAAGCAACCCUGCGUAUUUUACGUCCACCUUCAGUUCCUAUUUUUAAAAGUAUUGUCAAGGAAAACGAGGAUGUAUUCUUUACAUGUAGAUCACCAAAAGACGUAACAACUCCGAUACUAAAGAUAAAGUAUAACAACACAGAGAGAAUAAGCGAUUGGACAGGUUCGGAGACUUCGCAGUCAUGGCGAUUCAGUCGCUAUGACAACGGCAGACCACUGCGAUGUUGCCUUGAAUAUCGUUCUUUUGAAAAGGGCAAACAUAACAGUACGAAUACGGUUUGUGGACCAGAAAACAUCAUGGAUGUUAGAUAUACGGCAUCAAACGUGAGUCUUUAUUGUGAACACCUCAACGGAAGCACUGACGGUAACGCGUAUCUGGAGUUAAAGUGUUCUGCAAGCGAAUCAAAUCCAAGAAGCGAUAUUUCGUGGAUUAGUAAUAGCCAAUUGCACUUGUUUGGAAACACAACUGAACAUUUGAGAAAUGACACGUUCUAUAGAUGGACUGUAAGCAAUAGUCUUAAGUUAAACAUCACCAGACGACAUAAUAGAAAGAGUAUCAGCUGUGUUGUAACACAUGCAGACUUUCCGGAGUGGAGACAGAUCCGAGAAUAUCACGUAAACAUAACGUAUCACCCAUACAUUACAAUAUCCGGAGCGGACGGCACAGACACACUAGUGGCUUAUGAUGAUGAGACAAUUAACAUUGAAUGUGAAGCGGACGCAAAUCCCGUUCCAAUAGUCAAAUGGUUUCAUAAUUCGUCGACACUUUCAGGUGAUCGUUGGCUGAAAUUGAACGCAGACGCAUCUAUGAAACCUGGACGUUACAUCUAUACGUGCUCGGCUUCAAAUGGCGUUGGUCCACGUCAUGUAAACAAAACGAUCACGCUGCUGGUCAAAACUGGUUCAGAAAGGCCGGGAACCACAAUGGCCUCCACGACGGCGAACGAUCAUAUCCUGUCCGUAGUCAUGGCAGUUGUGGGUGGCAUCAUAGCUAUCGUGGUCGUUGUCUUAACGGUGUAUUGUGUGAAAAGACGUCGACAAACGAAAAGGAACAUUGAUGACCAAUUGACGUCUAACAAAAAGCGGACGGAUGGAAUAAAUAAGCGGCGUCCUGGGGAGAACAUUAACCUUUCGAACACAGAGAAUGUAGAUGUUACUGCUGCCUCAGAGCUGGAAACUGCUGAAUAUGCCUCUGUUGUGGCCAAACAUCAGCGAUCAUCUUUAGCUCAGCAGCCAAAACUUCUGACAACAAGACACGAGGGAAACAUGGGACGAGAACUGGUCACAAGAGCAGAAGUUCAACGCAUUGUCGACGAUGGACUCGAAUAUUCCGCUGUGGUCCCAAGGGAUGCGAGAGUCCCAUCUGUGCAGCAAAAUCAGGCGACAGAGAAUGCCACGAUGAUAUAUGCAGAUCUUGAUCUUUCACCGGGUAACGCCACAGUCCGUAUCUUGAACGAAGAAGCUGCUACAACAUACGUGUCGAUUGACUUUGCUGCCACGGAGAAAGAACAGAAAAACAAUCUACGGGCAUAAGCCCAGUCGUUGCAAUGAUUACAUUACAUAAAACUCAGCCAGAAAUUCUUUUUAUACGUUUUAUUGCUGAAUCUUAGAAGGACAAGAUACAGCUUUGAGUGGUCCACAGCAAUCUUACUUGUACAUAAGCAUCUUAGUUUUGUGUUUGCGUGUUUAUUGUUAAACUUUGUUGGGGUAAUAAUGCUCACUUGCAACGGGUCACUUCAACAUCGGAAUAAAUAAGUUAUCCACAAUUCUGUAUAUAUUCUGCUCGUUACUUAAUAUGAUGUAAUUUCCUAAAGUUUGUGUAUUCGCCUACGCGGCGGGUUUCAUUGUUGCAAACAGGACAACACGCCAGAACGACAAAUAUACUACAAUGGAAGGUAACAGUUGUUUGACGUGUCCGCGCGUUGGCGACUCGAAACCCGCCAAUUGGCCAGAACGACGAAGUAAACGCUCAACGAUGACAAUUUUGUACUCGCAUGUUUGAUCGACAACGUGACACAUAUAUCUGUUAUUCUUUUCCUCAUGUUUUGUUUGUUGGUGCCUCUAAAUUGUCGUUCACGUGUUUUGGCGGAUUUGAAAGAUGCAAAAACCGCGUAACGAUAUGUUGAAAGCAGCCAAGAUAUAUAUUGCAAAAAAUGUUUCUUCACAUUUUAUAAAUGCGAUUUUUUGUGUAUUUUUUAUGUCGCAUGCUAUAUUAAAAUAACAUAUAUAUUAAACAGCAUGGCUACAUGGAAAUAUUUCUAUUGAACAUCAUGGUUAAAAUGGUGAUAGUGAAAUAUAUUUCAACACGAAAUCAUUUAAUAUUUUGUGGUAAAUUUAAGUAAAUUAAAUUGUAAUAAUUGGUUUGACUUCCUCAUUGCUAUUUGAAUUAUUGCGUUGAAAUUGUUUCAAAAUACUUCAGUUGUUGCAAGAAAAUAUGAAAUGCCGUAAGCUUUUUAAAAUUUUGAGAGCAUUUAUUUAAAUUUAAGAAACGUGAAUUGCUAAGUUGUUGACUUUAAACGGAAGUAUGUUAGAAAUAUAUAUACUUAUGAAAAAAUUAUAGCACUUCAAAUAAAAUGAGUCUAACACAUA